AAUACACACACACAAGAAUGAGUGAGAAAGUAGAAAAUGAGAUAGAAGAGGAGGAGAGAGAGAUGUUUGAUUAUUGGAACCACGAGCAUCCACUUACAUUGGUGGAAGCUCCUAGAGGAGGAUACUGUUAUGGAUGUCUAAGUUAUUUUACAAGAGGAGAGAAAGGCUAUGGGUGUAGCCAGAAAUGUGGGUAUGAAAGGCUACUACAUGAAGACUGUGCUGUAGCGCCGAGGAAGAUCAGGCACGCAAUGCACCCUCAACACAUACUCUCUCAACAACUCAACACUAAGGGGGGUGUGAGGGGCUUCUGUUCAAUCUGCCAAAGGUAUGCCUGGGGAAUUUUCUACAGAUGUACGAGUGCAGAAUGUACGUUUGCUAUGCAUAUCAGAUGCGCGCAGGGCAGCGACAUCAUGUAUGCAGCAGCCGAAGGUGGCAAGCGCACCAUACACCAUCUGAGUCAUCCUGAGCAUCAACUGUUGUUCCUGAGGAGAAGUUGUUCCUUCAAGUGCGAUGCUUGCGGCACCACAGGCGCCAAGGGGAGUUCCUACGCAUGCACCAAUGAUGAUUGUGAGUAUUGGAUCCAUGAGAGAUGUGCUUCCUUGCCUCAGAAUAUCCAAAGGGAGGAACACCAUCACUCCCUCUCUCUCUCUUUUCAUGUCCCUUCUGAAUAUCUCAGAUAUGACUACCGUUGUGAUGUAUGCAGUAAAAGAUUAGUAACCAACCAUUGGGUGUAUCACUGUGUGCUUUGCAGCUAUGUUGUCCAUCUCAGCUGUGCCUUUGACAAAUCGCUCCUCACCACUAGAAAGAAAGGGAUUAUGGAGUUUCCAAUAAAUGAUGCGGCUGUGGGUGAGGACCUAAUUGGACCUUUUGUAAGGAGACAAGGAGUUGAUGCACAUACACUCAUCCCUCAUCAAGAUGUUGUUGAUUAUAAGUUCCACCAUCACAAACUCACAUUAGUCUCAUCAUCAUCAUCAUUAUCAUUUAAAGAAGUUUUAGAAGAAGAAAAUAGUGAUGAUGACGAUGAGGAAGACUAUUCUUAUAGAAAGUCGGAGUUAAUAUGUAAUGGGUGCAUUACUCCAAUACUUGCGAAACAAACAUCAUUUUCAUCAUCUUCUUCUUCUUCUUCUUGUUUAAGUAGUAGUAAAGAUAACUACUACUACAUGAGAUGUAGCAUCAGCUCAUGCAAAUACUAUCUUCACUUGGCAUGCUUCCGCUUGCCAACUCAGAUCUCCUCUCUUCCUCUCCUCCACAAACAUGAGAAUGAGAAUGAUCACAACCUUGUCCUUCAAUCCGGUGACAAUCGUAAACCAUGGAAUUGGAAACUAUGCAACGUCUGCUAUAUAGAGACGAAUGGUCUGUUUUAUAGUUGCACAAAAUGCAAUUACUUCAAAGUAGAUAUAAAGUGCGCUUCAAUGCCAGACACCAUAUAUCACGCAGCUCACUCUCCACACCCCCUCAACCUUCUCUCCAACGAAGAUACUUGGAGACAAGGUUACAGUUCUUGUGAUGCCUGUAAUGAUCUCAUCAAGUAUGGAAGAAAUAGCUAUGCAUGCGGCACAUAUAAUUUCAUCGUGCACUUUCAAUGCGCGGUGCUGCCGGCAUCAACCACCAGCAGUAGAUGGGACAAGCACCACCCGCUGCUUUUGACGCAUGACGCCACUCUAAACCGUCCCGGUGAAUUCUACUGCAAUCAAUGUGAAGAUUCAAUGAAUCCAAAGAGUUGGAUGUAUUACUGCCGCAGCUGCGAUAUAUCCUUCCAUCCGAGUUGCUUUCAAACUACAUUCGGCAUGUUUAGAAACAUCAAGCUUGGUCAAAAAUAUGUGAUCGAGGGAGCUCACUGCCACACUCUCACCUUUCAAAUUCUCACUACAAAACGCCGCUGCGACGUUUGCCGUAAGGAUAGGCAUGAUUCUCUUGGAUUUUACUGUGCAUCAUGCAUCUUCUUCAUUUGUUUCUACCGCUGCGGUGAAAAAAUGAUCGAAGAUGGCAAUGUUAAGGCCGUGGACUGACAAAACAAGUUCAAUAACCUUUUUCUUCUUGUAUACUAGUAGUGUUUUUAUCUUACCGUUUAUGUUUGUGUGUGUUGUGUUUAAUUCAAUCAAGAUUGUAGCUUCUUUUUAA